GAUCGACUGAUCGUCAGGAACCAUAUGAUGGCAGUAUGAUUGCAACGCGGACACGAUCCAGGCCCGAAUGCAAGGAACCGCAUUUCCCCAGAUAACGAGGCGCACACUAGAGCGAUCAUGAAUCAUCGAUCUAUGAUGUAAUGUACGACGUUAGAGUGAAGCACUUGUGCGACAAUGCGCGCGGCUACUGGUCGCACUCCUAGGGCAAUAAAGUGUCGUCGCGGGUAGAUUGUUGCAAGUCAUUUGUAAAUACGUAGUCUUCACGCUAUUUCCUCACGAAUUCCGCGUGUUUGUAUAGCACUAGCUAUCACGAGUAUCAUCAUAUUUCUCCCGAGUGCUCAAUCGAUUAGCGAUUAGCGAUUAUGGCUGGUGACCAACCUGAGAAGGGCGAUAAAGUCAGCUGGAACUGGGGAGGUGGUGCGCCUGGCGGAACAGUUGCCGAAACAAAGCAGGAGGGUGAGAUUGCGAUCAAGUCCAAGAAGGGCAAUACAAUCAAGAAGAACGCGUCCCCAGAUAAUCCCGCCGUUCAUGUCGAGCGAUCCGGAAAUGACGUUGUGAAGAGAGCUUCAGAACUUACUAUUGAAGAGAAGGAGUCUGGCGGUGGGGGAAAGGAGCAGGGAGAGAAACGCAAGGCUGGCAACCAGACAACAGAAGAGGACGCACAGGAAGAGGAAGACGACGAAGAUAAUAAGGCAGAAAAUGAAGAAGAAGAAGAAGAUGAUGGUCCGCACACGAAAAACAGGCAGGGCAAAGAAGUGGAGAAGGGAGGCAAGCCUGCCAAUAAGAAGCAGAAGAAGAGUCAAGAUGUUGAGAAGGGCAAUGAAGAAGAUGACGACGAUGCUGAGGCGAACGACGAAGAGUCAGAAGACGAGCCCUCCAAAGAUGAUGAGGUAAACGAGGAUGAGGAUGAGGAAGAAAGUGCAAUCGAAAAUUCAGCAAAGAACGCCAAGAAUACGAACGGCUCCAAAACCAACGAUAGAAGCAAAGCUGGGGUCAAGAAGGAUGAGAAGACGACCGAGCCAAAACCGGAGUCAAAAGCGAAGAAUGUAAAGUCGGCGCCAAAGAUCAAGGGGAAGACUAAGAAGGAUCCAGCUCCUAGAGAGCAGGGUGACCUUGUCAGCACACGAACAAGAAGUCAAGCGAAGGCAUAGGUCCUUGAAACUAACAUUAACCUUGUCGAGAGACAGUACAGGGGAGGGUGGUCUGGCGAUUAUAUGCAUCUAGCCCGCUCUACGAAGCUGGAUUCCAAAAUCGUGCUUAUCGUUGGCAGUGCCAUUAAUCCAAGACCACUUGUGUGUUCCAAAAAAUUUGCAUCAGACGAUAUUAGUGUGUACAUAGUCAACUCCGUAUGUAAGCACGGUGCGCUAUGAGAUGAUAUGACGCACCAAUUAUAUACCCUGUGACAAUAAGCCAG